UUCCUUCUUCUUCCCCUGGAAGCUCUCCGCGCGCUUCAAUGGAGUUUGAAGCUUGAGAAAUCCUUCACGCCAGUGCGAUCGAUCUGAGUUCCCGUCGAUGCCCCGCUCCGGCGUCAAUCCAGAAUGUCCGGCGAUACGAAGUUCAGUGUCCUCGUCAGCCUCUUCAACUGGAUGCAGAAGAGCAAGUCGUCCGCCGUCAAGCGCUCCAAGUUCCGCAAGUUCCUCGACACCUUCUGCAAGCCCUGCGACUACUUCAGCGCGAUUCGGAUAAUCCUCCCCUCGCUCGACCGGGAGCGGGGGACCUACGGGCUGAAGGAGUCCGUGCUAGCCACCUGCCUCGUCGACGCCCUCGGCAUGUCGCGCGACUCCGAGGACGCCGUCCGCCUAUUUAACUGGCGGCGCGGUGGGCCCAAGACGGGAGCGAACGCCGGGAAUUUCGCGAUGGUCGCCACUGAGGUGCUUCAGCGUAGGCAAGGAACGGCUUCUGGUGGUUUAACAAUCAACGAGUUAAACGAUUUGCUGGACCGCUUGGCAUCGGCUGAGAACAGGGCGGAGAAGACUUCAGUUCUUUCUACUUUGAUAAAGAAGACAAAUGCACAGGAAAUGAAGUGGAUUGUCAUGAUAAUUCUUAAAGAUCUGAAGUUGGGUGUUAGUGAAAAGAGCAUAUUUCAUGAAUUUCAUCCGGAUGCUGAGGACUUGUUUAACGUGACAUGUGAUCUGAAGCUGGUAUGUGAGAGGCUAAGGGAUCGGAGCCAACGGCAUAAGCGUCAGGAUAUAGAAGUUGGAAAACCAGUACGCCCUCAACUUGCAGUGAGAGUUGGUAAUGCUGCAACAGCUUGGAAAAAGCUUCAUGGGAAGGAAGUGGUCGUUGAAUGCAAAUUUGAUGGUGAUCGUAUUCAAAUUCAUAAGAAUGGAACUGAGGUGCAUUUCUUCUCCAGGAACUUCCUUGAUCAUUCCGAAUAUGAGCAUGGGAUGUUGGACAUUAUUGUUCAGAACAUUCUGGUUGAUAGGUGCAUUCUUGAUGGUGAAAUGCUUGUAUGGGACAAGUCUUUGAAUCAUUUCGCUGAGUUUGGUUCAAAUCAAGAAAUUGCCAAGGCAGCUAGGGAAGGACUCGACAGUGACAGACAGUUGUGCUAUGUUGCAUUUGAUAUUCUUUAUUCUGGUGACACUAGUGUUAUUCAUCAGAGCUUAAAGGAAAGGCAUGAGCUUCUUAGAAAAGAUUUGAAGCCUAUAAAGGGUCGUUUGGAAAUCUUGGUACCUGAUGGGGGUCUUAACACACUACGUCGUCCUGGAGAGCCUUGUUGGUCACUCAUAGUGCAUACUUUGGAUGAUGUUGAAAGGUUCUUUAAGGAAACAAUCGAGAACAGAGAUGAAGGAAUUGUCUUGAAAGACCUUAGUUCCAAAUGGGAACCAGGUGAUCGGAGUGGAAAGUGGUUAAAGUUAAAGCCAGAAUAUAUUCGUGCUAGUUCGGAUCUUGAUGUUCUUAUCAUAGGAGGUUACUAUGGUUCUGGUCGUCGUGGAGGGGAGGUAGCUCAAUUCUUGGUUGGUCUUGCAGAGCGUCCAGCUCCAAAUUCAUAUCCAAGACGUUUCAUUUCUUUCUGCAGAGUUGGUACAGGACUCACAGAUGAUGAGCUUGAUGCUGUUGUGACCAAAUUAAAGCCACAUUUCAGGAAAUAUGAAUACCCAAAGAAGGGACCCCCAAGCUUUUAUCAGGUUACCAAUCACUCGAAGGAGAGACCAGAUGUCUGGGUGGAAAGCCCUGAGAAAUCUAUCAUACUUGCUAUCACCAGCGACAUAAGAACUAUAAGUUCUGAGGUGUUUGCUGCUCCAUAUAGUCUCAGGUUUCCACGUAUUGACCGUGUGAGAUGGGACAAGCCUUGGCAUGAAUGUCUUGAUGUGCAGUCUUUCAUGGAAUUGGUACAGUCAAGCAACGGUACUACCCAAAGAGACACGGGGUACAAAGAUCAGUCAUCAAGUGGUCUAAAGCGCAAGAGAUCUUCUGAAAAGGGAAAGAAAGAAAAGAACAAGUCUCUUGUCCCAUCUCAUUUCACCCACACGGAUGUUUCUCAUGUUAAAGGGGAAUCAAGGAUAUUCUCAAACAUGAUGUUUUAUUUUAUUAAUGUUCCUUCCAACCUCUCGCUCGAUGCAUUGCAUAAAAUGGUUGUUGAAAAUGGUGGCACUUUCUCCAUGAAUCUCAAUAAUUCUGUUACCCACUGCAUUGCAGCUGAAAGCAAAGGUAUCAAAUUCCAAGCAGCAACACGGAGUAAGGAUGUUAUUCAUUAUUCAUGGGUUCUUGACUGUUGCUCACAAAAGAGGCUUCUCCCGUUACAGCCAAAGUACUUCCUUUUUCUCUCUGACACAUCAAAGAGGAGGUUGCAAGAAGAAAUUGAUGAGUUUUCAGACUGUUACUACUGGGAUCUUGAUCUUGAAGACAUCAAGCAGCUCUUAAGUAAUGUGAAAGGAUCAGAAGAUUCCCGUCGUAUUGAAUAUUAUAAGGAAAAAUACUGCCCCAAGGAGAAGUGGUCGCGCUUUCGUGGUUGCAGUAUUCAUUUUCUCCCUUCAGCAUCAGCAUUACAACCAGAACAGGAGAUCCUGCUGAAGCUUGUGGAGAGGAGGUUGGGGCUUGAAGUGCAUUGGGGCAGUGGGAAAGUAAGCAAAAGUCUCGCGGGUGCUACACACUUGGUAGUUCUUGAAGUACCAGGAUUGGCAGCGGACUUGCAUACACUAACUGAAAGCCUCAGCGCAAAAGAGAAGCGGCUUCUGAGGAAAAGCAACUUGCAUGUCGUGAGCUCAAAAUGGUUGGAAGACUGCUUAGAGAGUGACCGGAAGUUGCCCGAGGAUCCAUAUAACUUACACCUCGUAGUAACAGAUGAGUCGGUCGAUGAAGAAGGACAAGAGGAUGAUGUAGAAGAUCGUUCUUCUGAUUUGGCCUCCGGAGAAAAACCGACUGUGCCCCCUUCUCUUGAGCAGGAAGAUCUCAGUAAAAGACACGAAGAGAAUGCAGGAGAUAAAGGAGCCACAACCUCAGGUAGAGAGACCGAUGUUAGAAGGAAAAGCGGUAGGCCUCCUAGUGCAAGCACGAAAAGAGAGAGAUUAAGUGUUACACAGGCCCGUCGCACAAGACCACGCCUUACCAAGAAAGGCCCGAAGAUUAAUGAAAUUGUGUCCGAUGAUGAAAAUAAUUCCGACACAAUGGACAGGGAUAUGACAGCAAGUAGAGACACGAGAGAUGAUGGAAUGAUAACUGAGAUAGCUGCUAAAACUUCUGAAGGGAAAGCGGUGGAAGAUCUCGAGUCAUCACACAGACGAAGAAGCAUCAUCGAGGGAAUCCUAGAGGAUAUUCCAGCUACAAGAGAGGAGAAACCCAAUGAAGGUUGUAGGCGGACAGAACCAGAGAAAGAGCGUGAAGAGAAAGGUGAGGAGAACAUAGACCCGAAGCUUGAAAUCAUGACUGACCCGGUCCAAGCCAUGCUGCUGGACAUGAUACCGAGCCUUGGGAUGAUGAAGAAGGAAUCUACCAGUCAGCCCUCGCCGUCUGAAGAAAAAGCAGAACGAGAACCAGGACCAAGAUCGGCAGAGGGACCAACCGAGGAACUUGUGGUGCCAAAGAAAAAGAAAGUAAGCUAUAAGGAUCUUGCAGGAGAGCUACUCAAGGAUUGGUAAUAUUGUAAGCGGCCUCAUUGUUAGUUCUGGUCCAGUAAUCAGUAGUAGUAUUGAGAGAUUCGCAUUUCUCAAUGUAAAAGAUUAAUGUAACUACUUACGAUUAUGAGAUUAUCUGUUGCAGUGCACAUAAACAGAGAAAUUAUAUUGAGAGUUCUAACAGAUAAACAGACGAAUUAUAUUGAAAGUUCUAAGUAAACAAUAGCAUUGCAUUC